AUGCUGUCCCAACGUAUCUUGGCCCGGCGCCUGCCCCAGGUGGCUGCUCGCCACGCUAUUGCUCCCCGCGCCUCGUUUUCGCGCGCUGCAAUUCUCAGAGCUGUCGAAGUUGAGGAUCCCUUACAGAAUGGCGGCUACCAGAACCCCCCUCGAGUGAAGCGUCAGUUCAGAGACCCCUACGGCGGCUGGUGGGAUCAACAGGAGAAGCGGAACUUCGGAGAGCCGGUUCACGAGGAGAACGAGAUUCUCGGUGUCUUCAGUCCCGAGCAAUAUACCCACGUCACCCCUCGAAAGGGCUUUCUCAACCUGGGCGUGUUCGUCGUGACUUUCCUGGGCCUUUGCGGUGCCGUCAGCCUUUACUACCCCGAUAAGCCGAGUGUGCCAAAGACCUAUGCCGAUGGCUUGGAGAAGGAGCUCGGCGGCCCUAAUGCUCUGUCGGCCCGCAAGCCCGGUGAGGACAAGUGGUGA